AUGGAAAACAUCAAUACCACGAUCUUAUCGAUCUGUGUUUUAUCCUUUGUGACUGGAUUCUAUGUUAGUCGAAUUUUAAAUAACGUCAAAGCACCACCAAGCAGUCGCAACCAAAAUCCCAAACUAAGAACUAGUCGAGAUGAAUCACUAGACGAAGCCGAUGAAGAAGAAGAAGAAGAAUUGGAUAUCAACUCAAUCGCAUUGAAUGACAUUCCAGGUGAAGUCAGGAUGACUCUUGUUGUAAGACAGGAUCUAAAAAUGGGGAAAGGUAAAGCAGCGGCUCAAUGUUCUCAUGCUACUUUAUCGUUAUACAAAAAAAUCAUCAAUCCAAAUUCAGAUGCGUACAAUCCAGACAUGAUGCGGAGAUGGGAAUAUGGCAAUGGGCAAGCAAAAAUCACCCUUCAGGUACCGAAUCAAGAGGAAAUGGAUUUGCUUUACGCUCAGGCAAUCAGUUUGGGUAUAAAUGCUUGCAUAAUACAUGAUGCUGGACGAACGCAAAUAGCCGCUGGAAGUGCAACUGUUUUAGGUUUAGGACCAGCGCCUAAAAGAGUUCUUGACCAAGUCACUGGAGAAUUGAAGUUGUAUUAG